AUGGUCGUAGCACUAGGAUCGUUUUGUGCAAAAGCGGUGAACGUAGACGACAUCGCCCCUCUUGUAGCUGUCUACUCUGUCAUGCUCACGGCUGUGGCGGUUGUGGUGGCAGCAGUUGCUAUUCUUGUCUGCAAGGACGUAAAAGAUGGUCACAGCAGAAGAUGUGGUGAAUAUCUCACUGUGGUGGGGGAGAGACUAUCCUGUGACAUCAGUGAUGCACCGUACGCUUCCAUCACUGACGAGGAUGCCUUAUCCUUGCAUGAUUAUGAGCGACUACUGAGGGAACAGUUUCACAUCUACAGGUCUCUCAACCCUUCGGCUUCCUCCACGGAGGACCACCGUACAAGGUGCAGCCUUAUGUGAGGGAACAGUUCCACAUCUACACGUGUCUCAACCCUUCAGUUUCCUCUACACACGUCCACUGUAUCAGGUGCAGCCUAAUGUGAGGGAACAGUUCCACAUCUACACGUGUCUCAACCCUUCAGUUUCCUCUACACACGUCCACUGUACCAGGUGCAGCCUUAUGUGAGGGAACCGUUCGCCUUCUACACGUGUCUCAACCCUUCAGAUUCCUCUACACACGUCCACUGUAUAAGGUGCAGCCUUAUGUGAGGGAACAGUUUUCCAUCUACACGUGCCCCAACCCUUCAGCUUCUUCUGCAGACGUCCACUGUACCAGGUUCAGCCUUAUGUGAGGGAACAGUUCCACAUCCAUACGUGUCUCAAACCUUCAGCUUCCUCUACAGACGUCCACAGUACCAGGUGUAGCCUAAUGUGAGGGUACAGUUCCACAUCCACACGUCUGUCCAUCCUUUUGCUUCCUCUACAGACGUCUACACUACCAGGUACAGCCUAAUGUGAGGGAACAGUUCCACAUCCACACGUCUGUCCAUCCAUCAGCUUCCUCUGCAGAGGACCACAGUACCAGGUACAGCCUCAUGUGAGGGAACAGUUCCACAUCCACACGUCUGUCCAUCCAUCAGCUUCCUCUGCAGAAGACCACAGUACCAGGUACAGCCUCAAGUGAGAGAACAGCCAAGGGGAAACCUUUACCCCGUUGUGCGAUGCAAGGAAAGCUUGAGGCCCUGACGUGUCAUAUGCAUUGUUUCGAUAUAUCAAGCGGAGGAUCACAUUGACAUUAACAUUUAUGAAAUAUUAUCGCUUUUAACAGUAUUAUAGAACAUAGCUUGUGGCAGUUACAGACCUCCAAACAUGGUUCUUCUUUUCAACAGUUUUAUAUUGAUUAUGUUUGUUUAUAAGUGUACAUAUUGAUGCAAUUAGUUCUUUUAUGCCUUCAUUGUUGUAAUUGUCGUCUGUGGUCAUUACUGUGUUUGUUUUCAUUUAUUAUUUGGCAUCGUUUACUAUGUGAGGGUCUCUGGAAGCCUUCUAUGAUUUAUUUUUAACCAAUAAUCCGGUUUAAUUGAUUUCUAUAUGUUUCGUAUUGUCUUACUGUAAAUAGUUCCACACUGAUAUCCUUGUUUUAUCCUUGAUGAUAAAUAUUUGCUUUCAUUGUGCCAGUUUUCGUUUCCUACCAAAUUGAAUGCUUUUGUAAAAGAAAAUGGGUAAAAUGGAUCAUAUAUGUAUACUUACAGAUAAAAUUCAGAACAGGGUUAUUAAAUAAUUCCAGUUCAAAGGUUUCUUUUUCAAGUACUGAAAUGGAAAUAUCGAAAUUAACUUCUGAUGUUGUCACUGCUGUUUACAAGGAAAUCUGUGCGAAGAAGGAAUAUGCAACAUUUGAAACUUUAUUGCAAAUUGUAUCACAUUAUCAUUUCACGUUUUGGAUGGUAUAUGGGUAUGUCAUAUAUUAAUCUGAUUUGUAGACUUUGAAUAGUCACUUCAGUGGAAAUACUAACAUUAUAAGCUGACAUUAAAAAACGUCUAAGUUAAUAAUUGGUUCAAGCGUUUGUUGAUGAUAUAUGUUCGUGUCGGUUCUGAUUGUACUAUUCACACACAUGACAGUUAGUGAAGUUUCACAACAUAAACAAAAUAACAGGACAUUGAAAGUGAGGUCGAAAUUAUCACUCAUGGUCUUUCCGUUUAUGUAUUAAUACUUCAACUGAUACAAAGAGAUAAAUGAAUGUAUUUUAAACCUUUUUUAUUUCGUUUCUAUUUCCUUCUGACGUACGCUUCUGACAAUUCACA